CGCUGCUGAGGGAGGGGGCGGCCCGGCCCGGCCCAGCUUUGCCCCCGGCCGGCCCGACCCCGGCCCCGGCCCCCAAGACAAGCCCUUAUCUGAUUCUAGCUCCGGGUUUAAGAGUUCUGGCCCUGCCCAUCUCACAGCUCCGGUCCUCACUCCUGGCCCUGUCUGUCUAUCCUGCUGCCCCGCGGUCCAUCAGAGUGGCCACUCCACCUCGGAGCCAAGCCCUGAUCUGCAGCACCUUAAAAGACUCACUUUUUCACCUUGCUUCUGCGAAAGAUCAGCUGACCUAGACAAGAGUUGCCACUCAUCUCUCUGAGCUGCCUUUCCUCUACCUUCUGAAAAGAUUUGCAAACCUCUACAGCAUUAGUGAAGCCUGUGUGAACUUGGGACCCCUGCUUCUGUGCCAUGGCUCCUCCUGAAGGUCUCCACCAAGUUAUUUCCGAUGACAUCAGUUGCAAAGGUAUAUUACAGUCAGACCACUCAGACAGAAAGCCGGCCCCUAAUGGGCCCAGGCAUCCGACGGCGGAGAGUCCUGACUAAAGAUGGCCGUAGCAAUGUGAGAAUGGAGCAUAUUGCUGAUAAGCGCUUUCUCUACCUCAAGGACCUAUGGACAACCUUCAUUGACAUGCAAUGGCGCUACAAGCUUCUGCUCUUCUCUGCGACCUUUGCAGGCACCUGGUUCCUCUUUGGUGUGGUAUGGUAUCUGGUAGCAGUGGCCCAUGGGGACCUGAUGGAGCUGGGGCCCCCUGCCAACCACACCCCUUGUGUGGUACAGGUGCACACACUCACUGGAGCCUUCCUCUUCUCCCUUGAAUCCCAGACCACCAUUGGCUAUGGCUUCCGCUACAUCAGUGAGGAGUGUCCCCUAGCCAUUGUGCUUCUCAUUGCCCAGCUGGUGCUCACCACAAUUUUGGAAAUCUUCAUUACAGGUACCUUCCUGGCAAAAAUUGCUAGACCCAAGAAGAGGGCGGAGACCAUCCGUUUCAGCCAACAUGCAGUUGUAGCCUCCCACAAUGGGAAGCCCUGCCUUAUGAUCCGAGUUGCCAACAUGCGGAAGAGUCUCCUCAUUGGUUGCCAGGUGACAGGCAAACUGCUUCAGACCCACCAGACCAAGGAGGGUGAGAACAUUCGGCUCAACCAGGUCAAUGUGACUUUCCAAGUAGACACAGCCUCUGACAGCCCUUUUCUCAUUCUACCCCUUACCUUCUAUCAUGUGGUAGAUGAGACGAGCCCCUUGAAAGAUCUCCCCCUUCGCAGUGGCGAGGGGGACUUUGAGCUGGUGCUGAUCCUAAGUGGGACAGUAGAGUCCACCAGUGCCACCUGCCAGGUGCGUACUUCCUACCUGCCAGAAGAGAUCCUUUGGGGCUAUGAAUUCACACCUGCCAUCUCACUGUCAGCCAGUGGUAAAUACAUAGCUGACUUCAGCCUUUUUGACCAAGUUGUGAAAGUGGCUCCCCCUAGUGGUGUCCAUGAUACCACUGUACGCUAUGGAGACCCUGAAAAGCUCAAGUUGGAGGAGUCAUUAAGAGAGCAAGCUGAAAAGGAAGGCAGUGCUCUCAGUGUGCGCAUCAGCAAUGUCUGAUGUCCUAUUCUCAUCUCCCCAGCUCUCUGGUCUUUUCCUCUUUCAGUGUCCUGGGAAACGGAUACUAUCUGGGUUCACUGGAGAGCCCUAGAAGCACUCAUCCUCUGCUUCCCCACCUCAAUCCACGGCCGGUCAAUAGUCUAGGCCAACUGGAGUCCUAAGAUUUCCUCCCACUGUCUCCUUUCUACGACUCCAACACACACAACUCUUUUAAGCCAGGAUGGGGGCAAGGAAAGGGAAGACUAGGCUGAAGUGGCUUGAAAGGCCUCAGCCAUGCUUAGAGACUCACAUUAGGAGGAUCAUGUGAUUGGAAGGAUAGACUCCCCCCAUCUCCCACUGCUAGAAAGUUUGGUAACUUGAGGCUGGCACUCCAUCUCUGUUUCCAUCUAGUAAGUUCCCAAAGGCAAGACUUUCUCUGAUGGUCACUUUGUGGUCUGUGCCCUCAGAAAUACAGGAACCUGAAAUCAGUUUACCCUGGGAUCUCUAUCAAUCCCUUGAAAUGAGUUAGGGUUUGUCAUGAUGUAUUUAAUUUUGCUGGUAACUCUUGACCUAACCUAGGUUCUUGGUUACCACCCAUUUUCCCUUUCCAGUUCUCAAGUGAAUCCUCUUAAGGAUACCCAGUUCUCUCACUGCCUCUGCUCCUAGAGAACUGGGACUGACCUGAGAAACAAAGUUAUAACCACUCCUGCACCCAUCCUGGGUUCUGAACAAUUCCAUUUAGUAGCUGUUGUCUAAAACGCUAAAUCUAUCCUACAGGCAGUCCUGGGAAGAUUUGUUUCACUGUAUUCUGUGAGUGGGGAGACCUUAGCCAAUAUUCCCUUGAAUAAGUUCAGGGCCCCAGCCCCAUAAAAAUGUUUGAAAAUAGUCUAGGUUGCACUGUAUCUGGCUUCUCUUCUUCCUUCUCUAAUGAUCUCAGACCUCUCUUCCCUUACUUAACCCUUUGGAGAAAGGGAAGGGAAUUAAUGUUUUCCCUUUCUUAACACUGAUCAACUAAAACUGGAUUCACAAGACAUAGAUUCCUCAGGAAAGCUGAACCAAUAUCUUAAAUUUCCUGACUGCUGUACAGAGCCUCUGGGAAUUGAUGUGUUUUGUUAGGGUUUGAGCAGAAGCAGAACUCUGGCUGCAGCCACUAUUUUGUUAAAUCUCCUGCUGCCCUUCUGAAGAGUGCCAGUUAUUUUAUGAGGCAAUGCUGGGAGGGGAGGAAAUUAUAUCUUCUGAUCAAAAGAAACCUGGUCUCUGCCAUUCCAAGGCUGGGCAUAAGAUGAUGAAAAUCAGUUUCAUCUCUACUCUCUUCUGCCAUGGGGCUAGUUUCAGGCAAGUU